UUUUUAUUUAUUAAAUCAAUUUUUUUUCUUCGGUCUCUCUCCUCCAAAAAUCCGCUCUCAUUGUCUACAACGAAAAUCUCAUUCAUCAUCAUUCUUGUUGAUCAAACUAAUUCGUUCAACAAAUUUCAAUCAGAAAUCUUUUUACUAUUCAUUCAGCAUUCUCAAUCACAGCUACCAAUUUCAUUGAAAAAUUGAUCUGAUCAUGUUUUAUCCAAUCGAUUUGUCAGUAAACCCAGCUUUUGAUAGCUGGGACCCAAGAUGAGUCGAGAAGGCACCUGUUAUGUUUGGGAUUUUCUUCGGACUAAGCUGAACAUCUUGCUUAUAGGAGCUCUUCUAGAGCUAUUGCAGAUUCCAAUAACUCGUUGUAGAUGAUAUUAGUUGGUUGCAGCUUAUAGAGGCUGCUGAAGCAUGUCGAGCAGCGUCUCUGUGACGCUUAAUCACUCUUACUAUGAAACGUGGACUUCCCACUUUAUUCUUCAUAUUUACAGUAUACUCUGCGUACAAGCAAGUGAUAGGCGUUACAUUGCCAGUAUAAAGGCUCCCAUCUGGAGGUUGUUAGAAGUUCAUUGAUACAAACACAAUCUUGUGACGAGUACAAUUGUUAGAAUAAUGGAGAGAUAUAAAAUUUUGCAAGAGCUUGGUGAUGGAACAUGUGGAAGUGUAUAUAAAGCACUAAACUUUGAAACAAAUGAGAUUGUUGCGAUCAAGAAAAUGAAGAGAAAAUUUUACUUUUGGGAGGAAUGUAUGAAUCUACGUGAAGUAAAGUCCCUGCGUAAGUUAAAUCACCCUAAUAUUGUCAAGCUGAAGGAGAUUGUUCAAGAAAACAAUGAGCUUUUCUUCAUCUUUGAGUACAUGGAAUAUAAUUUAUACCAGAUAACAAGAGCACGUCAAAGUCCUUUCUCUGAGGCAGAGAUUCGUAAUCUUAUGUCUCAGGUGUUGCAAGGACUCUCCCAUAUGCAUAAAAAUGGAUAUUUUCAUCGGGAUCUCAAACCUGAGAAUUUGCUGGUGACAAAUGACAUCAUAAAAAUUGCUGACUUUGGAUUGUCUAGAGAAGUAACAUCAGGGCCUCCUUAUACUGACUAUGUGUCAACACGCUGGUACCGAGCACCGGAAGUCUUGUUGCAGUCUUCAUCAUACACUCCUGCAAUUGAUAUGUGGGCGAUUGGCGCAAUUUUGGCUGAGCUUUUCACAAUGAACCCCAUUUUCCCAGGGGAAAGUGAAACAGAUCAAAUUUACAAGAUAUGCAGUGUUUUCGGUACUCCUGACUGGGGUAUGUUGCGUGAAGGAAUGAACCUUUCACGGUUGAAUAAUAUUAGCUUUCCCGAGAUUGCUCCUGCUAAUCUCUCAAUUAUUAUUCCAAAUGCUAGCUCUGAAGCAUUAGAUUUAAUCAGGCAAUUGUGCUCUUGGGACUCUCUUAAGAGACCUACUGCGGAACAGGCACUACAACAUCCCUUUUUCAAUGUUGGAGUUUUGGUUCCUCGUCCGCUAUUGGAUCCUCCCAGGCACACAAGAGGACCAAAGCUUGAGUUGAGUCUAUGGGACUUUGGUACUGAACCAGAUGACUGCUUUCUUGGCUUGACAUUGGCAGUAAAGCCUAGUGUUUCAAACUUAGAUAUGGUCCAUCAGGUCUCAUCCCUAGAUGCAAGAGAAGAGAAUCUAUUGUUCUCCUCUGGUUUUCAUAAUCCCUCAGACCAGUCAGGGUGGUGGCCUCUGCAUUCUUCCAAUGAAAAUAGAAAUGAUUUGUCACUUGGCUCUUCUUUCCCUUCUUCAUAUAUGGUGAACAGUCAAGUUUCAUAUCCCGCAAUUGGGUUUCCUCAAUCUGGAGGUGGAUUCGACAUAUCAUUUCUGCAACAUAGUAACAUGCUUGACAGACAACUGAUGGCUUUCUCCUCGCCGUGCGAAGCUCGUUUCUUUCAGUAAUUUGCUGAUCCUUGUAUAGUUAUUAUACAUUACAACAAAUCUACUAUAUACUUACAAAAAGAGCAGUCUAAGUAUUGAGAUUACCUGUGAAUCGCUGUUUAGUGAUCAUGGUCCUGCCUUUUUGUUAUACCUCUAUUCCCUGCUGGUAUCUUCUCAAGGAAAUUCAUAUUUUUCCCAGUAGAAGAGUUCAAAACUAAUAUUGAGCCUCUUGGGUAUAUGUAUUGCUGCAAUACUACAUUGCUCAUCUCUGUCAGAUUAUUUUGAAUAAAACUGUUGUCCUUUUCUUUCUUCUUUUUCUGGCAAGUAGUAAUUACCAAUUAGGAUGUAAAGGAAGUCAUUUACUGUGAGCUAGAUAGGCACCUUUGGACUUGGGAGUCAAAUAUACAAUGAUGUUUACUGGGAGUCUGUAUAUCUGUACCUAAUUGAAAACCUUAAUAUGUGCAGUCCAGUUUUGUUUUGUUUGAUUGAUUUUUGAGGGGUGUAAUUCUUCCUCUUGUUCUGUAUCCGGUCGGUUUUGUUAAAGGGUAUCGCCUUUUGAUUUAUAGUGAUUUUCUUGA